AUCGGCAGCGCGCUGAUUUGAACGGUUUAUGGAUAAGCAGUGGGUUCCAAAACUACUUUAAUUCGCAGAAGACAAACAUGGGAAUAUUAUGUCAAAGUUUGAGACGCGCAGAGCAAAACAAGACGGAGUUACAGACGUUAAAACAAAACACUCCCCGUUUUCCCCUAGUCAUACAUGUUCUCUGCGCGCACUAAUAUACGGGUGGUGCCUAUCAACAGAGCGAUUCUAAUCGUGCUCUUUUGUGUGUGUUCUCUGUGUAUGUAUGUGUGAGCGAGCGUCUUUAUCAUGUCACAUCCAUGUUGCCUUUUGACGCGUUUCGUCUUGAAUCUGCUGGAAAGCAGCUGAGCUUCGUGCACGAAUCCGACGCUAUACUACCGGCCACAAAGUGCACGGAAGAUCUCAGAGGAGCAUAUCUUCGAUUUUGCAUGGAUUUGUGUUUUGCUCUGCGCUCUUGGCAUCACUGCGUAAAAGACUGAUCCUAUUGCCGAGGGGGGAAAAAAGGCGCUGGCGCUGCGCCACGAUCUGGCAAGUGCGCCUCCCUUCACCGCUGUUUGGCUUAUUCAUAGUUAGGGGUUUGGGUUUGGCUGUUUUUAAAAAGGCAAGCACUGCUGUGAAGUUGAUCAGUCUGCUCAGAAAACUUCCAGAGGGGAAAGUGUUUUGGAAUCGGAAAGUCCAGAAUUUCAGUGCGCAACCAAUUGCGCACAAACUGGACUAUUGGAGAAUACCCAAGUGAAUCAUUUUACAUUUUUUUAUAUGUAUGUAUUUAUAUAAAAAUCCAGCGGAUUCUUCUUCAUCACCUUUUUUUCAUCAAAGACUGUUUUUAUUUUCUCAUUUUUUAAGACACCCCAACCUGUGCUUUCACUUUGCACGCGGAGUUUUCACUCGAAUCUGAGUCAAACGUUCAUGCGCUCUCAUAUCUAGUUCUUGCUCUCUUUUUUUCCCCAUUUAAAUCGGACCUCAUUCAAUUUGAAACGAAGUAUGGCUCUUCUUGUGCUGGGUACAUUUCUCACGGCGUUGUCCAUCAGCGGAGGCUCUUACGUGCCGUGCGAGCCGUGCGAUCAGAAGGCGCUCUCCAUGUGUCCUCCGGUCCCGGUGGGCUGUCAGCUGGUGAAGGAGCCCGGCUGCGGCUGCUGCUACACUUGCGCUCUGGCGGAGGGGCAGGCGUGCGGGGUGUACACCGGUACAUGCACGCACGGACUGCGCUGCCUGCCGCGCAACGGCGAGGAGAAGCCGCUUCACGCCCUGCUGCACGGCAGGGGAGUGUGCACGAACGAGAAGGGAUACAAACCACCGCACCCACCCAUUGACGUAAUCAACAGCAAGAAGCAUGCUGCCGUGCGCAAGGACAAGAAGAAACAACAGGAGAAGCAUCGGUCACUGGGGUCGAUGGACUACUCCCCGCUUCCCAUCGACAAACAUGAGCCUGAAUUUGGUCCCUGCAGAAGGAAGCUGGAUGGAAUCAUUCAAAGUAUGAAAGAUACCUCCCGCAUCAUGGCUCUUACCCUCUACCUGCCUAACUGUGACAGGAAGGGUUUCUUCAAGCGCAAACAGUGCAAGCCCUCCCGUGGCCGGAAACGAGGCAUCUGCUGGUGCGUGGACAAAUACGGCGUGCAGCUGCCCGGCACUGACUACAGCGGCGGUAACAUCCAGUGCAAGGAUUUGGAGAACAGCAACAACAACGAGUGAGAAUCAACCCACCCUGAUCACCAGACCUAGGGCCCACCUCCUUGUCCUGUCCCACCAGUCUACCCGCCAGUCACUUUGAGAUUUUGAUGCAAAACGACAAAGAAACACAACAGCUAUUACAAAUACGAACAAUCAGACUAAAAAAAGAAAAUUUUAAAGUGAGAUAAUCCACAGGAAUGGUUUUGACUGAGCGCUCAUCUCUAUCUCACUGGACUCAGCCAAUCAGAGGAGUCCCCUGCUAGAGCUGAGUCCCGGCAACAACAAUAAAAAAAAAAAAAUUGCUAAAAAAAUAUAUACAUGCAAUUAUAUAUUUUUAUAGAAGCUGGGGUUUGAGCACCAUACUGUUUUGUUUAAAGUUAACAUAAAACGAAAAAACUACAAAAAAAGAAUAUAUGGCAUGUUGAAUAUUAACAGGGCUAUCUUGGUCUUUUACAUCUUUUGCUGUCAAGGUAUCAAAGGAGAUAGCAGGAACUUUUACUAUUUGAAAAAAAAAACGUGUUGUUUUCCAAAAGAAAAGAAAGAAGGGAAAACACAUGGUAGAGAUCUGCUGAUACAGUCAUCUCUAUCUGGCUUUUUUUGGUCCUGUCAGAGCACUUAUUCAUUGGGGAACCUGCUUGGAAAUGUGUAACUUCACCAAGUUCAGUGUAUGCGUGUAUGUACGAGCGUGUGCUUUCGUGUGCACGCGUGUGAGCAAUGAAAUACGGCGAUAGCUUUCAAAAAAAAAAAGAAUGUUUUUUUUUUUGUGUGUAUAUCCUCCCAGAACGUAGUAAAACCAAGAUCCCAUUUAGACAAAUCUGUUUCAGUGGCUCUAGACUUUGUAGCUUACCUAACAUGCCAACCGUGCCUAUGUAAACAGACGCUGCCACGCAGAGUUACACGGGGUCCCGAACAAAAAAAAAACAAAGUAGACACAGAAUCAAUCAGUGCCCACGCCUAGAAACGAAAAGGCCACUCUGGAAUAGUUUCGUAUCAGAUAUUGUGGCAUCUGGGCCGAGUUAAAAUCGAGACAGAUGCUGUAACCCUUAAACGCUCCCAGCAUUUGCGUUUGAACUUUGACGGAUGUUCACCGCGCAGAGCGGUAGUUUCUUUCUGUCUGUAAUGUUUCGUUUUUCUUUUCUGAACAACUUUUGUUAUGUGCUGUUUGCUUUGACUUCAUGUUGGUAAUGACAGUCCACUUAUGAGCCAUGUUCCUCGACCAUGCGGUUUCACUGAAAUAGGUGCAACCUUGGUAUAUUACCUUUAACUCUAGAUUAUUGAAUGUGUUUUCUUUUAUUUUUGUUUUGUUAUCCUUAACAAACAACCACAAACAUCAGGUGCUCAGCAGAGGAGUGUUAGCAUUAUCAAUUUGCAUAUUUCCAUCUGACCUGUCACAAUGACAACUUGCUCAUUUGAAUGCAGGUCGGACCACUUUCUAAGCUCCGCCCACUUAGACUGUUCACCAAUAGGUAAUAGCUCUUUUGGUCAGCACGAUGACACGUUUCAUUUGUAUUCCUGUAUUUCAUCUGUUUUAUUAACCGAGAUGGAAACAGAAGGUGCAUUUCACUCCAGCGUCGUUCAGUGUGAGUUUCUGUGUGCAAGUCUCAGUGCCUUCCUACAUGCAAAUACAUUUGAAUGGUGACGUGAAUGUUACACAAUAGCCAAGGGGAACGAAACAACCUUUUUAUAUUGACGAAGGACCUCAGUUGCGUUCAAAUACAGCAUCAGAUUAGAUAUGAAAUCCGUUACACUACAUUGUAUGUCAAGCAGCUAUCAGAAAUCGCUCCCUGCGCCGAGGCUAAGAUAGGGAGAGACCGUACUCCAGCUAGCGCUAGCUCAUUUACUGUUAUUUCACUUAUGAAUAAGCUGACGAUUGAUUUGACAGAGACUGCAAAUGUGUGUAAUUGCUGACUAGAGUAUUUUCGAACAAGCUAUACAUCACACAGGGAUACUCACCGGUCGGCUCUUGAAGAGUGAGUGAAGCCAUUUCCCUGCCACAGUGGGUCCAUCCGGAUCUUAUUUCAGGGCCUGAAUGAUCAUAGUUUCACUGCUGGGAGGGGGCUGAAAAAAAUAGUCGCUAACACCGUACCCUGUAUAGGGCUGCAUUUUUCCAGAUCGUGCAAGUACCCAUCAUAACCGGGCCUGGAUGGAAGUCCGUGUGGGUCUGGCUGUGUUUUGAAAUAACCAUGGGUCUGCAGAAUGUAACUGUUGCAUGUCAAAAAAGAAUCGUGAAUGACAGCUGGCUCUCGAAUGAUGGAGGUGGCAUGAAAAAGAAAGAGUGAGUUCAGGGUGUGCGGGUUAAGCAGACUUUUGCAGGUGUCUCGAGUAUGUCGUGGAGGCCUAGCGGCCUCUUUUAUUGCA